UUUUUUUUUAAUCUACAGCUUACUUUUGGGCCUUUUGAUAGACUUCUGAGUGAACAAAGACGGUUUUCUUCUCUGUACCAGGUGGCCCCCAAAGACACAUUUCUGACACAUGGCAUUAUAUCUUUGAUGCUUCAUUUCCACUGGAUCUGGGUGGGGCUAUUCAUCAUAGAUGAUGACAAAGGUGCCCAGAUUCUGUCAGAUUUGAAAAGUGAGAUGGAUAAAAAUGAAAUCUGCACAGCAUUUGUAGAAAUGAUUCCAGUCACCAAGGGUUCAUUUUUUACCCAAACCUGGAAAAAUCAGGUGCAGAUCCUGGAAUUAUCAUCAAGUGUGAUUAUUAUUUAUGGGGAUUCUGAUUCUCUAUUAAGCUUAAUAGUAAAUAUUAAGCAGAAGUUACUCACAUGGAAAGUAUGGGUACUGACCUCACAAUGGGAUGUUUCUAAAUUUGAUGAUUAUUUCAUGAUAGACUCAUUGCAUGGGGCUCUUAUUUUUUCACACCAUCGUGAGGAGAUUCCUAAUUUUACACAUUUUAUGCAGAAAUACAACCCUUCCAAAUACCCAGAAGACACUUAUCUUCAUGUAUUGUGGCACUUAUUCUUCAAUUGCUCAUUUGUUAAGAAAGAUUGUAAGAUUGUGCACAACUGUUUGCCUAAUGCCUCCUUGGGUUUCUUGCCUGGAAACAUAUUUGACAUGGCCAUGAGUGAAGAGAGUUACAAUGUGUACAAUGCUGUGUAUGCUGUGGCCCACAGUCUUCAUGAGAUGCUUAUCAAUGAAGUACAACUUCAAACUCAUGAAAAAGUAAUAAAGAUAAUAUUCCUCCCUUGGAAGCUUCACCCCUUUCUAAGGAAAACAAAACUCAUCAACCAGGACGGAGUGAAUGUGGUUCUGGAUUGGAAAAGGAAAUCACAUGUAGAGUAUGACAUUCUCAACUUUUGGAAUUUCCCAAAAGGUCUUGGGCUAAAUGUGAAAGUAGGAACAUUUUCUCCAAAUGCUCCAAAGGACCAGAAAUUGUCCAUAUCUUCUAACACGAUACAGUGGGCCACAGGAUCGACAGAG